UCCACUACUCUAAGCAAGCAUUACCAUCUCCAUAAAUUAACCUUUAAAAUGAAUUCAAUUUUGUUGCGAAUAAAUACUGCAGUGCAAAACCUCAGACAAACUUUACUUUUCACUUUUGGACGAGGAUUUCCACCAGAUGCCUUGUGCCUUGCCGGAGUUGAAAUUAAUAAAACAGCUCAAAACGAGUCCACUCCUUUUUCAUUAAAAGACUUAUUGGGCAACGGAUAUUUAUGGGCUGUCCCAAAACAUAGAAGAAGUGUUGAAAAACGAUGGAAAAGGAAGUAUGGUGAUCCAAAUUAUGUUUUAAAACUAUUGACUCCAAGAAAAGAUUUACGAACAUGUAAUGUAUGCGGGGAUGACCAUCAGGCAGGGGUCUUGUGUCCAACUUGCUACAGAAAAGUUAUAAAUGAGACGAAAGAAAUGCAAGAACAAAUUCAAAAUGAGUUACAAUUGGAACCAGUAGAGAAAGAAGUAGUUGUAUUAUAUGAUGGAGAAAAAGAUGAAAAACCAGAAGAAUUUUUCAAAGGAAAAAGAAUAGUUGAAAUGAAAAAAGCUAGACCUUCAUGGUUUAGUAAAAACUUGUUACAAGAAACAACACAGAAGAAUGCAACUACGAAAGAAGUUAAACCAUCUGAAUUGGGAUGAUUUACUAUUAAGAAUGUUUUGAAAGUAUUGUCAGUUUAUUCUUUAAAUAAAUAUUGAACUUUUUGUUG